AUGUCGCAAAAGACGUUUCUAUCACAAGUUCAGUGGCUUAUAAGUUCUUUCGGGAACAAGCUUUCACGGUAUGUGUUUGGUAACAGUUGCCCGCCACCACUGUUACCAGAGACCGAGACGUAUCCGAAACAGAUUGACUAUCGAGACGAGAUUGUGGCUCGACUUUGUGGCCAAAAAGUCAUUGUCCCCAACCUCGAUUAUCUCUAUGGUGCUUGGAAAAUUGUUGUUCACCCAGACACCAAUGAUCUUCGUGAGAACCUUGAGAACUGGUUCACAGAAUAUGUGCCCACACCAGCUCAGCGCAAUAAGCAGCGCAAGGUGGACAAUGCGCUUUGUACGGGCUACUUCUUCCCAGGGGUCUCAAGAGAAAAACUCUUCAUUCUCGGCUCGCUGAUUGCAUUUUUCUUUUUCUGGGAUGAUGAGAUUGAUUGUGGCACCUUGACCAACGAUCGAGUUAAGACGGAAGCGUACUGUGAUGACAGCAUCGCCUUCAUCAGGCACCACAUGCAGCCAGAGCGCAGUAUCAAGCCCCCAGCUCCUGGUCGCAUGCAUAACUCUGGUGCGUUCGUUGAGAUUGGGAAGGCCAUGCAAGUCGGUUCAGACAAAGCAUCGCGAGAUCGAUUCACUGACGCCGUGUGUGGCUUUAUCUCUGCCGUUCGAUUAUCCCAAGGCCUUUGGCUAGAGGGAUGUUCCACGUAUGAGGACUACACAAAGCGUCGAAUUGCCACAGUAGGAGUUAAGCCGCUGCUCAUGGUCCUACAAUGGUCCUACGGCCUCUCUCUUCCUCAGAGUAUCUAUGACCACGAGGCCACCAAAGCCAUGUUUCGUGAAGUGUACAUUGGUGUUUACCUCUACAACGACCUGGUUUCUCUGAAGAAAGAGGUCGUCGAUGGAGACGUAGAUUCUGCCAUUCCUAUCAUGGUCUGGCAGGAGGGAAUCACCGCUCAGGAGGCUGUAGACAGAGUUGUGAGGAUGAUCGAGACAUCGUGGGAAGGCCUGUUGGCUGCUGAGCAGAAACUGCUCAAGGUUGCACAGACGGAUCAGAUGAGACGGGACAUCCUGCAGCUUGUGGCGGGCUGCAAGGAUAUCGUGGUGGGGCAUAUGGCGUAUACUCUUCGUGCCGCGAGAUACAUGGCGGAUGCAACGCAUGAUAAGUUCAAAGCCCAAGGUGGUAGCUUCAAGCGCCGAGAAACAUGCUGGAAGAUCUUGUACGUACACAUCGAAGCGUCAUAUGCAUUCUGUAUACUGCCGUACGUGCCGAACCAUAGCGCGAUUAUGGCUGAUAAUUGUGGGGAUCCGAAGGACUCGUCGAUCGGAAAGGUUGUGGAUACCUGGGAACUUGGUGUUAUCGAGCACCUGAUCCCUAGCUGCGCGGGCAGGCGCCUCCAUUGGCAACCAUUUGACGCUUCAUUGGGCCCACUCAUCUACUAUGGUAUUUCGUCUGUACAGGGAUUCCUGGCAGGCCUUGUCUCAGACGAUUAUCCCGUCCGUUAUGGCUGUGAGGCGUGGGCGGGUCAGCAUACUGUAGCCAGAUGGUGUCCAAUGGCAGAACGUGCUGAUCAAGUUCCCACAUGCCUGGCUUUUUCACCUGAGCCUGAGGUCUCUUUGUCCAGUGUCAUCAGCUACAACCGCUGCCAAGUUCGGGUGUACGAGCAGCAUGGAGGCCGAUUUGCUUUUUUGGAUGUGGCAGACGAAUUGUCCAUGUGCUUGUAUGCCAGGGGCGCCGCCCCCAAUUCACAUGUGAUCAUGGCAGAUGAACAUUGCGACGGCGAACUAUGGGGCACAACACCCAGAGGCAUCUUACUCUUCAAGGACCUCAACUUCUGUUGCGGUUUCCAUCGGAGCAUGAUGUUGAGCCCAGGUGGUACGGCGUGUGCUAUUGGCCAAUCAUACCCGCCACCAGUGGUAUCACGCCUGUCCUUAUGCCAUGAAUUGAGAUCAAGUGCAAUCUUCCCGCUUGGCCAUAGGCUCGGCGCCAGCAACAGCGAGGGAUCCGUUGACUUCGGCUUCAGACAGUACAUCGCCGAGCUUGGCCGCAGAGGAACAAUGGAAUCAGCCUUAUCAGUGCGCCUGAGAUGGGGAGAUGGUAGCACUGGGCCGAUGAGUGGAGGAGACUCUUGCAGGGAGAGCUUCGCCACGUUCAGUGGCCGGUCAUCCCAACUCAUGCUUGAGCCCGACCGCGGCAUGGUGCCAGACGACCCUCGCCUCGACAAUACCAACUUUUUUUUUUCCAUAGCAGGUCUGCAACUUACCACUUGGAUUGAGCGGACCCGCCAGCUCUCGUCUCAGGAAGUCGCCAAGGAGCGGUCGCUUCGGAUUGUCAAAGAAUACGAUAAGCGCCUGUGGAGAGCGAUCACGACGCCAGUACUCAGCUUAUAA